AGUGGCAAAACGUAAGCGGGAGCUACAAUUAGUGCUUAUAGGUGUCGUGCUAGCUGAAUUUCGGUUUCACGCAAGACGGUUUAUUAUGUUAGCUUGUAAAAUGCUGAAAGAGAAGAUAUAAGAAACAACUGGAGUCAGAAAAUAACAGUGUCGACAAAUAAAUAUGACUGAUUUAUCGUCUACUCCAGGUUUUUCUGAAUGGGAUGAAUUUACCAAAAGUAUUCAGUCCCAUAGUGUAGAAGAAGUACUAGGCAUUGAAAGCCAUGGUGACAGUCAAGACAAUACAGGUACAGAAAAGAGCCCUACAUUUAGUGUAACAGUGGGAGAUACAACAUUAGACUUCAUCUACAGCAACAAAAUAUGUGGAUUAGAACCAGAAGAAGGUACUUCAUUGUUCUCAACCAGACCACUGGUAGCCUGGCCUGUUGUGCCAUUAGAAGACAUCCUACAACCUAUGUUUUUGGAUCCUAAUUGUUCUGCAGAAAGUAAGCCAUCUGAUGAUAACACUGAAGAAAGAAAGCCAAAACCAGUGGUGUAAAAAUAGGAGAAAAUGUACACAUUUCUCAUAAAUCUGCAGAAAAAAAGUUUUUGCAAUAAUUCAAAACUAUUUUGUAAAAAGUUGUAAUUGCAAUAUGUAACAAGAAUAUGAGGAAUAUGUAAACAAAUAUUUCUGGUAAACUGAAGAAAAAUAUAUUUGCAAUAAUUUCCAAAAAUGUGGGAAAAAAUUGGUUACUUCCUGAUGAAUAUAAUUCUGUUAAGAAAAUAUUAAAGUACAGACUAAAUUAUUUAAUAUGGUUCUUUUAUGUGUUAAAUACUUUAGCAGUAGCAUCAGUUUCUUAAGAAGUCUAUAAUGCUGGUCUAAAACAUUCUAAAAGAAAGACAAUAUAUCAAAUUAGUUUGUGAAUAAUCUUCGAUA